UUUAGAAGUUAUCUCCCUUACAUCUUGGAAACACAGUAAAUAACUUUUAUUUUUUAACCUCGAAUGUGUAAAUAGGCCAAAUAAAAGUGUAACUUGAUACCAGAAUGAAGUUCUGAUGUCAGUCUUAAUCAACUGAAAAAGACACAGAUGGAGGGGUCAACACAGGCGAAAGAUGGCGCGACAGUCUUAAAUGGCCAAUUUAAAGCUGUCGGUGCUAUAGGGCAUUUAAAACAUCGAAGAAAUAAAACGCGAAAGAGAAAACUUACAAAAUUUGAACGGAGAUACUCUUCCCUCGGGACAGCAUUACAUCCGGAGCAGAAACGCAUUGACUAUGUACUUGUACAUAAAGUGAAAACUUCGGACGAGUACGAUGACGAGGAGAAGAAACAGUCGAAGAAAAGGAAAGAAGAUUUGCGGGACCGAUUUGAGAAGGCCAUUAGAGCUGAGGGUUUCUCUAUAAAAGAAGAGAUUAUUGACGGCUAUGUGUAUAAGAAACUUCAUUGUCCAUUUAAAAGACUUUGCAAAGAAGCAGAGACUGUGAAAUUAGAGAUGCCUUUGAGAGGGUGCGAGACGAAUCCCAUUGAGAGGACGACAUUCAUCACGGAAUUUAUUGAUAAAUAUUUUGAAACUGACGAUGAAGUUGACUAUAUCAGUGCACCGUUCAAGAUGAACAAGAUUGACAUGUUUGAAGGUUAUGACAAUCCCACUUACUUCUUCCGUCCAGCAAUCAGGUCACUUCUCACACAUCACAUUCUGAAUAACAUUGAUGUCAGGGACAGAUCAAAACAAGGGGAGAAGAUAGCUGAAAAGUUUCAAAUAGAGAAUGAUGGCCAGGUUUCAUUGAUGAGGAGGACUUCAGAUCUACCAGUGCAACCAAAACCCCACAUACAUCAUGCUCAAGGGAAUGCCACAUUGGUGUAUGCCCAGCUACAGAUUGUUGAAGACUGCUUCACAGACUUUUGUGCCUGUUGCCCAUGCUUUCCGAAAGAUUCUGAGAACCCGGACAAUAUUGUACUGUCAAAGAUGGGUUUACCAUAUAUGUUAAUGAAAGAAGUGUAUGUUGAUGCCUUUAUACUACAUGAAGAUUCUGAACUUAGUAAAGUGAUGGAAAUGCAAACAGAGGAUGAGAGAAAAAAGAAAUCUAAAGGAGAGAAAGAAGAGGAGCAUACUAUUAAAGUUGAUCCAAGGAAAGAUCUUGACCGUCCUUGGACCACAUUUUGGAAAUUUCAACCAGUCUGGAAAAUUCGGAACUACUUUGGAGAGAAAAUUGCUCUGUAUUUCGCGUGGGCUGGUCUGUUGAUAACAAGUUUAUGGAUUCCAACAAUCUUUGGACUGGCCUGCUUUUCUUAUGGCCUUACUGUCAGUUUUGAAAGGUCAGCACAAAAUGUUGAGAUGCCAAAGAAUCUGACAGCCCAGGAAGAGUUAAAGUGGCAGUUGGGAGAAUUGUAUAAUACUGUUAGUGGGUCAUUUGACAAUGAUGUUACGCCUUAUUUUGCAAUGGUCAUUUGUUUAUGGGGUACAAUAUUUCUGGAGUUGUGGAAGCGGUAUAAUGCCAGGCUGUCAUAUGAAUGGGAUGUGGACCAGUUUGAACAGAAUGAACCGGACAGACCAGAAUUCUUUGGAACCAAAUUAAAAAAGGAUCCUGUCACACAGCAGCAUGACUGGUUUUAUUCUUGGAAAAGACAAAUGCUCAAAUUUUGUAUCUCAGCUUCAGCAUUAAUUUUCAUGAUCUGUUUGGUAUUCAUCAGUGUGGCGGCGGUAGUGGUAUAUCGGGUGAUCGUGAGCGUGGAUUAUUGUACGAAUAUAAGUACAGUAAGCUGUCUUCUCCUGACAAAUAUACUCUCAGCUUUACUCAAUGCAUUAUCUAUACUGCUUCUUGGAAAGAUUUACGACUGGGUGGCAUUAAAACUGACAGAGUGGGAAAAUCAUCGUACACAGACCCAGUAUAAUGAUGCUCUCAUUAUAAAACUUUUCGCCUUCUCAUUCGCCAACACAUAUGCCUCAUGUUUCUACAUAGCCUUCUUUAGAGGGAGAUUUGGAGGUAUAUUUGGACUACCUGAUGAAUACAAUGACAAGUGUGAAGGGGACAGUUGUAUGUCACAGCUCUCAUUUCAAGUUUGUAUCCUCAUGCUGGCAAAACCAUUACCAAAGUUCUUGAAAGAUAUUGUAUUACCGUUCAUAAGAAAGUUAUGGCGGACACGUCCCGAUUGCUGCAGAUGUUGUGAUAAAGGUUGUUGUUGUUGCAACAACAAGGUUGAAGACGAGGAAAAGGAUUCAGAUUUUGUAGACACAGACUCACUAGCGUCAAAAAGGUCGAAGGCAUUUUUGAAAAAAGAAAGAUACAAACCACCACUGGGAGAUUUUACCCUCGGGGAAUACACCGAGAAAGUUAUUAUUUAUGGGUUUCUCAUGCUUUUUGCGGCAUCAUUCCCUCUGGCACCAUUUAUAGCCUUAGUCAUAUUAUUCCUGGAUAAACAUAUAGAUGCCAAAAGAUUACUGUGGUUAAACAGAAGACCUGUGGCCUUCAUUGCUCAAGAUUUAGGAAUGUGGUAUGGUAUACUGGAGUUUGUCAAUCUCAUCGGUGUAGUCUCUAAUGGCUUCCUUAUAGCCUUCACCUCAUCCUGGGGUCUUAAAUACAGUAUACAAACAAGGUUAUGGAUAUGUAUUGGGUUUGAGCAUAUAGUGUUUGCUCUCAAGUUUAUACUUGCAUACCUAAUUCCUGAUGUCCCUAAAGAUGUUAGAUUAGCCAUAAGAAGGGAAAAAUAUCAAGUUGCCAAGAAAUUUGAAGAGAAGAGCAAGCCUCUGGAUUACACUGAAUUGGUACCAGCAACAACUAUUGAUGAGAGAGCGUUUGAUACCAGGGCCAGAGAUGACUCAGCAAAUUUCGGCAAUUUUCCUGAUCAUCAUUCGGACGAGGAGUACAAGAGUGGUCCUGAAAAUAGGGCUGAUCCUCCGGCACCUUGGUCUGCUUCUAGUAGAGACCUGCCCCCUGUAUCUGAAGAAAACGAAUCUGAUGUUACAAGCCCAAAAAAUAGAAAUAAAAACAUGGAAUGGUAUGAGGUUGCCACAGAUUCCGAGCUCCCUCCACCAAGUUUGUCCGGAAGUCAUGGUAUUGCAAGUCUACGAGCCAUCGAUCCUGAAGGCAGUUUGCUAGAACAGAAUGGUGCUCAAACCAAACUGAAUACACUGAAUGAACAGGAUAGUAAAACUGAGGUCCAGUCCAUGGAAAAGGCAGGCGAGUACAGUGUGAACUAUCUGUUUGGUGCAUCCCCGCUCCCCGACACCUGUUUAUCAUGCCGAGACUGAUAAUGUGGUGUCGGAGGACACUGAUAGUGCCAAAGAUGUGGAGUAUCAUAGGAAGAAAGGUGGUGCAUCAAAUAGGCCAAGGGACUCUGAAACGACAUGUUGAUGAUACAAGGUCACAGGGGUCAAGGUCAAUUGCCCAGAUAUGAGAAAUAGACGAUCAAAGCAUAUCAUCUGUCCAUAUUCAUCAGUGAGGAAACAAGUGUUUGGCAUCAGUAAACUUUUGAAAGAUAAUCAACAUUGUUCAUCAUGCUAAGUUUUUAAAGUUUUUUUAUUAUGAUAAUCAACCUAUGCCAGCAAUCAGCCACAUUAAAGCAUGUGUUAUAACUUGAUAUACAUGUACCAUUCUCUCUAAUAAUGUUCUAAGCCCAUUUGUGAAGGACAAGACUUUUGGGAAAGAUUACUUAAAUUUUGCUCAUUGUGAUAAUUAUAUGUUUUUCUACAAUUUUACUAAAUUGUCAAAUUUUCAUCUUGAUUAAAUUGUUAUCUUGAAUAAAUACGGUAACAUUCCGCAUUAUUUUUGCUUGUGAUAAUCAUAAUAAUUUUACAAUUUUACUGAAAUGUUAAAUUUAUAUCUUGAUCAAAUUGUUAUCUUGAUUCUAUUCAGUAACAUUCCGCUACUUAGACCACACUGGUACAAAAGGUAUUUAUAAUGAAAUGCUCAUGAUAGCUGACCAUAGUAGUGCUUGCUAUAAAUCACACUAUUCAUUCAUAAGAAUUGCUAAACUUGGGGAAAACUUUACUGUUCCUUCAAUAUAGUAGAUCUAAUUCAUACAUUGUAGUUUUUUGUAUUCUGAAUAUGGAAAUGAAUGAUAUUAGAGUAAAAUGAAAUAUAUCUUUUGAAUUGAUAAGAUUUUUGUAUAGUUUCUAGAUUUUAAAAAUCACUUCACGUGAUAUCUUGGGAUUUUUAGCUUGACUACUAGUAUUCAAAUAAUAAUGAGAGCUAUUGCUUCAGUGUAACACUUUAGUUAAGUUUGUGCUUGCAAAAUUACUGAAAGAAAUAGGUUCAAACUUCACACACUUAUUGGCUGAGCUUAGCAAGGAGUCACUGUACAAAGCCCAUACCUCUAACAUGGAUUUUUACAGAAUUAUGGCUCUUUUUUAACUAAGCAAAUUCUACAUUAUCAAGGCUCUAAAUGUUAUACUAUCAAGCACUGAGAAUAGUUGAGCAUGCUGUCUAACUGACAGCUCUUGUUAUUUUAUAAAAUUGUUGAUCUAGUGUUGAGAUUUACAAUAUAAUUAUGGCCAUAAUAGAAAUGUGAUGUACUAAUACUGUUUUUUUUUUAUAUAAUCACAUUUAUUUAUGAUGACUGGCAUAAAAAUCCCAACCUUUGAGUUCGAACAAAACUGAAAUUCUUGACAUAGAGAAUAUGGAAUCUUUAGAAUUCAGGGACAGCUAAUAAGAAAUACUCACUGUGAUAAAUUCUUGUGUGUUAUUUAACUUAUAUAUAAUGUACAAUGUAUGUAUAUAGUCCAGUUUUAUUGACCUGUCAGUUAUGCAUAAAUUAAAAUAGAAAUAUUUGUAUUGAGCAUCUAUUAGAAUGUUGGGUUAUAUUCGUCUAUUAAUGACAUUUUUUUCGGAGGAUGAUAAAUGUUUGAUAUUUUAACUAAUUAAUCUAGCAUGCACAAUUAUAUUGAUAUCAGUAGCGUAAUGAAUAGAUCAUUUAUGGCGGAGGUCCAACGUUGGAGUUAAACAGCUGUUUAAUAUUUUGAAACAUUUGAAAGACUCUGUGAAACUAGAUCAUCCCCUUAGAAUAAGAAAUACAGUUAAUAGAAUGUUUGAAUGGCUAAUCUUUUUAACAGAUGUGUUACAAAAAAAGUUCAUUCAAGAUCUGACUUGCCAAUUUAGGCUAAAUUAUAAUGCUCUCUGUGUUACAAAAAAGUUCAUACAAGAUCUGAGUUGCCAGUGAGGCUAAGUUAUAAUGCUCUAUGUGUUACAAAAAAAGUUCAUACAAGAUCUGAGUUGCCAGUGAGGCUAAGUUAUAAUGCUCUAUGUGUUACAAAAAAGUUCAUACAAGAUCUGAGUUGCCAGUGAGGCUAAGUUAUAAUGCUCUAUGUGUUACAAAAAAGUUCAUACAAGAUCUGAGUUGCCAGUGAGGCUAAGUUAUAAUGCUCUCUGUGUUACAAAAAAAAGUUCAUACAAGAUCUGAGUUGCCAGUAAGGCUAAGUUAUAAUGCUCUCUGUGUUACAAAAAAAUAGUUCAUACAAGAUCUGAGUUGCCAGUAAGGCUAAGUUAUAAUGCUCUCUGUGUUACAAAAAAAAGUUCAUACAAGAUCUGAGUUGCCAGUAAGGCUAAGUUAUAAUGCUCUCUGUGUUACAAAAAAAAGUUCAUACAAGAUCUGAGUUGCCAGUAAGGCUAAGCUAUAAUGCUCUCUGUGUUACAAUAAAAAGUUAAUACAAGAUCUGAGUUGCCAGUAAGGCUAAGUUAUAAUGCUCUCUAUAGAUUUAAGACACACUUGUAAUAUUAUUUUGUUGAUUAUUGUUCGUACAUCUUACAAAUAGGUUGUAAAACAUUUAUGUAUUCUAUUGUGUGAAAUGAUCUUGAAUUUUUUAUGCAUUUGACAGGUUAAUAAAAAUGGUCAAUAUGUAUAUAUAACUGAAUUUACCUCAUAAUGUAAAGAUAUAUGUACAAACAUGACUGUGAUAUAUGUGUGUCUCAUUUAUCUAUGUUGUGUGUAUAUUUUUUUUAUAUACAUUUUUUGUUAGUUUUUAUUUUUAUGAUUUUCCAUACUUGUUAAUUUUGUAUUGUAUAAAGUAGUUUUAUAAGAUAAACUGGUCAGUUAGUUUACAUAUAUGUAUAUUUGCAUAAUUGUUGCUCUUAGUUUGUAAAUGUUGAAUAGAAAUGAUGGAAUUUUCAUUUUUUGCAUGUAAACAAGGUUAAAGUCUUUUUGGAUAGUCAUUUUUUCAUGUCAAUUUUGGCAUAAUUGGCUGCGAUGUCUGAAUGGUUAAGACCACUGAAUUUAUAUCUCUAAUAUGUAAGUUCAAAUCCCACCAAUAGUGCUGCGUUUCAAUUCGAGGAUGUUAUUCGGCUAGCUUAUGGCAGAUUGUUAGUUGUACUCACUGACAAAAUGCUUGCUUGGGCUUCAAAUAAUGUAUAAGCAAGAUUAUUUAUGAUGAUUUUGAUAAUGAUAAGACUUAUUUUCACCAAUUGUAAUUUAUAGAUAGCCUGGGUUCCAGUCUGUCGAUUUUAUAUAUGCUUCUGUUAGGCAAAUCAAUAACUAAUUAAAAAAAACGAACAAGUACAAAAUAGCGCAUAUAUUAUGAAUAAGCAAAAACUAUCAACGCCUGAAUCCCAGGCUAAUCAAUAGAAUACUUUGGCCAUUGUCAUAUAGGUGGAAAGAUGAAAGUUCCAUGUUUUACUGGUUGAUUUUUAUGUAAAUUUUAUUAAAGUGGAUUGGUAUACAAUGGGCACUUCUCCAUUAGUAAUUAAAAUAUUGAUGAAAACAAUAGGAAUACAAUGUAUGUCAUUUUGUUAUUGUUAUAAAAUAUUCAUUGAAAAAAUCUAUAUUGAUAGAAUUCUAAGUGAUGAAGAACAUUUAUAUGACGAAAAAUAAUAUUUUGUUUCAGAGCAAUUUGUUAACUGCUACUCUGUAGAUACUUUGUUUGUAAUAUCAGAUCAUCUGUAUAUAAAUCAAAGUAGUUUUUGUUGUGUAUGAUACUUAAUACUAUCAACAUAAUUAUUAUGGUAUUUCAGACCUUCCAUUAUGGACAAAUUCACUUUAAAUGAAAUUUGAUUUAGAAAAGCAAUAUUUUUUAUUCACAAAAUUUGACAAUAAAUAUUUUUUGAUGGGGAAUAAGGAAUUUAGACUCAUUCACAUGUGCGACUUCUAAAAAAGGUCUUUUUGUAUAUAACUUUAUUUUGUGAAUAUGACUCCAAAAACCCAGUUGGGUCAUUCCAUGAAAUAUACAUUACAAUUCGAGAUCGAAUUUUGCUCAUUGCUUACCUCAUGCCAGAUGGAUUUUUUGCCACAAAGUUUUUUUUAACUAAUUCUAUGUUUUAUUUUUUAAUGUGUUAUUUUUCUGUUUUUCAUGAGCCAAAAACAAUUUCAUGAACUGUAAACAUUAACCCAUUACUUCAUGAGCAUUUUGUGAAAAAUGGCUGUUUUCAUUGAAAAGUCUCCGUUACAAGUUCAAAUUGCUAUAAUACUAUAAAAACUGCUUCAACACUAAUCAAACUUGGCACAAAUGUUGACUGGACCAUUGCCCUUGCAAAAACAUGCUCAGGCUUAAAUUUCCUGUUACCAUGGCAACGAGGGGACAUCUCAAAAUUGCCAAAAAUCACUAUUUUGCGUUGAUUUUUUCCAUCAUAAUUGAUUUCAAAGUGCUGCAACUUCUCAAUGGAUUGAGAUAGAGUCAAAUGCUUUUCAGCGUUGGUUACACGUUACCUUAUGAUCAAUCUGAGGUCAAUUAUAGCCUCUCACAAGUCCAAAAUUUUCUUGGCGAUGAGGGGGACUCCGCCCCCCUUCAAACCCCCCAAACAGAAGGGGGCACAUCCCCCUUCUGGCAACCCCCUGAUGUAUCUUUUGGUUGGGGGCCGCGCCGAAAAACUGGUCACUUUUUUUAACAACAAUUCUCAAACAAAAACAAAUGUUGGGGGCCUAAAUAAGGCAUUUUUUCACCAUUUGAGACAACAAAAAGGGGGGGGUGAAAAAGGCGUUAAAAGGCGUGUAUAUGAAGUAAUGGGUUAACAGAAAAUGAUGAAAAUACUUGAAAUUACCCUAAAUCGCGUUUUUCCAUGUUUAAACAUGGCCUGUCAUAUAAAUUUGAAGAAAAAUUGUUGUUUUGUAGAUUUUUUGAUUUUUUUCAUUAACCCAUUACUUCAUGAGCAUUUUGUGAAAAAUGGCUGUUUUCAUUGAAAAGUCUCCCGUUACAAGUUCAAAUUGCUAUAAUACUAUAAAAACUGCUUCAACACUAAUCAAACUUGGCACAAAUGUUGACUGGACCAUUGCCCUUGCAAAAACAUGCUCAGGCUUAAAUUUUCUGUUACCAUGGCAACGA